AUGUCAAGAAAGCCAUGUUGUGUGGGAGAAGGUCUGAAGAAAGGAGCAUGGACCACCGAAGAAGACAAGAAACUCAUCUCUUACAUUCAUGAACAUGGCGAAGGAGGGUGGCGUGACAUUCCCCAAAAGGCUGGACUCAAACGAUGUGGAAAAAGUUGUAGAUUGCGAUGGGCUAACUAUUUGAAACCCGAUAUCAAGAGAGGAGAGUUUAGCUACGAGGAGGAGCAGAUUAUCAUCAUGCUUCACGCUUCCCGUGGCAACAAGUGGUCGAUGAUAGCGAGACAUUUGCCAAAAAGGACAGACAACGAGGUCAAGAACUAUUGGAAUACACAACUUAAAAAACGCCUGAUCGAUCAGGGCAUCGAUCCCUUGACCCACAAGCCAUUUGCCCUAAACCCUAAUCCAGCCACUCCCAUGACUUCUGAAGGCCAAGAUGACUCAAAUCCGAGUAACCUGGAUGAGCAAUCACAAUCUGGUUCGAUGUCUCCAAAGUCUCUUCCCUUUUCAUCAAGCUCAUGCAAUCUACAGGAGAUAAACAACAGCGACGAGACACCGAGAAACAAGGGUUCCGUGAGUCCCAAGAACUGUCGUUUCAAGAAAUCAAGUUCUACAUCAAAACUGCUAAACAAAUUUGCAACUAGGGCGGCUUCCAUUGGCAAUAUGUUGUCAGCUUCCAUGGAAGGAUCCUUAAUCCGCUCAACAACACUCUCUCCAUGUCUCAAUGAUAGCUUCUCCGAAACUAGUCAAUUUCAGAUGGACGAGUUUGCACCUUUCUCUCACUCACCUGAGCAACACAUAACUGAUCAUACGAAGGAGGAUAUCGGCAUGGACUUCGAUCUCAACAAUUCUGAAUAUGAUUUCUCGCAGUUUCUUGAGAAAUUUAGUAACAUUGAAGCCGAGGAUAUUGGAGGCUAUAAUCAAGAUCUCCUUUUGGCUGAUGUUUCAUCAACUAGUGUUGAUGAAGACAAUAUGAUGCAAAACAUAACUGGUUGGUCCAACUAUCUUGUUGACGAUCCCGGUGUUUAUUAUGAUACGAACCAAGAUUACGACGAUAUAAACUUCAUAUGAACCGUUGGUUGCUUACCGGACUGGAGUUGAUCGGUAGCAAGCUCAAAACCAUAGUCUAUAUGGUUACUAUAUAUAAUUAAUAAGGGUUUCUCUUAGUUAGAGAACCAUCGCGUGGAUCAAUUAGCAUUUGAUUUGUGGGAGACACUGUGUUUAUUUCUAUCUUUUUGCAUUUUCUUAAUUAAUUGCACUAUGAAUUAGUCGAUGAAAUUUUAUUUCAAGAUGAGUUUUUU